CAAUUCGCUCGUGCUCAGUGUGUGUUGGGUUCUUGCACCGUUCCGCCACACAAUCGGCUCUACUUUGCAUGCGUUUAAGGAACAGGGUGUGACCGUGCUACACGUUUUAGAAGUCCCCUUUUUUUUCUACGACGGCGAGGACCCAAAUCUCGUCGCUUUUUCCUCAGUUUACUGAUUGCAGUUAGAAACUAUCAUUCUUCAAGAUGCCAAAACCUAUGAAUGUUCGUGUAACCACGAUGGACGCGGAACUUGAAUUCGCGAUCCAACAUACAACGACGGGAAAACAACUGUUCGAUCAAGUUGUAAAAACGAUAGGGCUAAGAGAAGUCUGGUUCUUUGGGUUACAGUACACGGAUUCGAAGGGCGAUUUGACCUGGAUCAAGCUUUACAAGAAGGUAACUAAUCAAGAUGUUAAGAAGGAAAACCCACUCCAAUUCAAAUUCCGCGCCAAAUUCUACCCCGAAGACGUAGCCGAAGAAUUAAUCCAAGAUAUAACGCUGCGAUUAUUCUAUUUACAAGUCAAAAAUGCUAUUGUUGGCGAUGAAAUUUAUUGUCCCCCGGAAACAUCCGUUUUGUUAGCUUCUUACGCCGUACAAGCUCGUUAUGGUGAUUACGAUAAAAGCGUGCACACCCCAGGUUGUUUAGAAGACGAUCGAUUACUCCCAAAAAGAGUAUUAGAUCAACACAAAAUGUCAAAAACCGAAUGGGAACAAUCAAUAAUGACUUGGUGGUACGAACACCGCGGGAUGCUUCGCGAAGACGCAAUGAUGGAGUAUUUAAAAAUCGCUCAAGAUCUCGAAAUGUACGGAGUAAAUUACUUCGAUAUUCGUAAUAAAAAGGGUACCGAACUGUUUCUUGGAGUUGACGCGCUCGGUUUAAACAUCUACGAGAAAGAGGAUCGUUUAACUCCGAAAAUUGGUUUCCCUUGGUCCGAAAUUCGCAACAUCUCGUUCAAUGAGCGCAAGUUUAUUAUUAAACCGAUCGAUAAAAAGGCGCCUGAUUUUGUGUUUUUCGCGCCUCGCGUUCGCAUCAAUAAACGCAUCUUAGCACUUUGCAUGGGUAACCACGAAUUGUACAUGCGAAGACGCAAACCGGAUACGAUCGACGUGCAACAAAUGAAAGCCCAAGCGCGGGAUGAAAAAGUCGCGAAACAACAACAAAGGGAAAAAUUACAAUUAGAAAUUGCGGCGAGGGAACGCGCCGAAAAGAAACAACAAGAAUACGAGGAUAAAUUGCGUCAGAUGGAGGAAGAGGUGACUAGAAGUCAACAAAGUUUACAAGAAGCUCAGGAGAUGAUUCGUCGUCUUGAAGAACAAUUAAGACAACUGCAGGCGGCUAAAGAGGAGUUGGAGAAGAACCAACAAGAACUUCAAGACAUGAUGAUUCGUCUUGAAGAGACCAAGAACAUGGAAGCCGCGGAACGAUUGAAAUUGGAGGAGGAAAUUAAGGCUAAACAAGAGGAGGUGAUGCGCAUCCAAGAAGAAGUUGAGAUUAAGGAUAGCGAAACGAGACGUCUUCAAGAGGAAGUCGAAAAUGCUCGCCGUAAAGAGGAGGAGUUGAGACAAGAACAAUUGGCUAAUGCCACUAAGGGACAUUUGGAGGAGAAUCAACAUGAUGAGGACGAUGAAGUCGUUAAUGGAGAUAUUAGUAAGGACUUAAUUACUGAUGAGAAUAUUGUUGAUCCUGUUGAGGAUAGACGCACGUUGGCCGAAAGAAAUGAAAGACUUCAAGAUCAAUUAUUGGCUUUGAAGAAAGAUUUAGCACAAUCUCGUGACGAAACAAAAGAGACGGCAAUGGAUAAAAUCCAUCGGGAGAAUGUUCGUCAAGGUCGCGACAAGUACAAGACUUUGCGCGAGAUCCGAAAGGGUAAUACGAAACGUCGCGUCGAUCAAUUUGAAAAUAUGUAAACCUCAUCGCGGCCGUAAGUACUACUUUACAUACCAACGCUAAAAGAGAAUCGAAAAGAAAAAUAAUCUUUUCUUUUUUUUUUGAGAAGAGGCAGGAACUAAAUAAACACUUAUUAUAAAAAAAACUAACUCAUACAUGCUCAACAUCCGAAAAGUUAAUUUAUGUUGAUUGUUAUCUCUUAUUAUUAUUUUUUUUUUUUUUCAUUUUUUGCUUCAUUUAUAAUAUCUAGCUUUCUUUUUUUUGUUUGGUUAAUUAAGGAUAAUCUUAAAGAUAAAAUAAACCUGCUUUUAAUCAUUAUUAAAAAGGAAAAAGAACUUAAAUGCAUUCCUUUUUUUUUUCAAUAUUAAUUUCAAUUUCAGUUUUUUAUUUUCAUUUUUAUGCUUCCUAUUUUU